UCGCAGCAAUCAAAUUUUUUUCAAAGUUACUUCUAUUAAUCGAAUUGUUUUUUGGUUGUAUGAAGGGAAAGUUACGACCGCCAUGAAUAUGAUGGAGGAAUCAAAAUUUGAUUCAGGAGAAUCAACUAAUCAAUUACUGUUUGCCAGUACUGAGGAGUUUCCAGUGCCAGAGAAGUUCUGCAUGGACUUGGACAAGAAAUACUCCUUCAAAGAGUUUGCCACUCAUUUCAAUUUGAACUUCAAUGUUGAUUAUUUUGAAGUUAUGAACCAGCAUUACGAUUUGAAUGAUUUCUCCGGGGUCAUAGACUUCAAAGUCUCUGUCACUUUGAAGAAACCAGGUGACAAAAUUGAAAGGUGCUCAGUGUUGGAAGACAUUUUGAACGGCCACAGCAAUGGAAAGGUAUCAAACCCCAAUGAGAUGACUGUAAAGAAUGAAACUUUAGAUAACAGUGACUACUUUGAUUCUGACCUUGAUGACGAUGAUGAUGAUGAUGAAUUUUUACUGGGAGAUGAUUUUUCACCAUCAGCCAAUGACAUGACAAAAAAUUUCUACAAUAUAAAAUCAGAAAAAGUACGACUCACCGGCAGAUCAACAGAGCCGAGAGUAUCAAAACCGUUAUGUGAAUUAUGUGGGGAGAUAUUCCACCAGCAGAAGACAUAUGUUCGGCACAUGAACACGGUUCACAACAUGAACCUCCCCUACGUUAACAACCAAAAAUCAUUCAACUGUUCCAAAUGUAGAGAAGAAUUUCCUGCUCGACACAUGCUGCAGAAGCACGAAAUGGAACAUAGAGGCUUCUACUUCAAAUGUUCUCGCUGCAAACCAUCUGCAGCUCUCAGGUUUCCAACAUACAGCCAGCUAAGAACUCACUACUUGAAAGUACACAUGGUCAUGAAAUGUAAGCACUGUUCUGAAGUGUGUUACGGUAGAGUCAGUUAUACAGAACAUUUGAAUAGUGCGCACUCGGAGCAUAAAGCCGAAAGAAACUCAAAAGGUGAAUUAAAGAAAUAUACUUGCCUAACGUGCAACCACGUCUUCUAUCACGCUAUCAAGUAUAAAGAACAUUUGGUGUUUCAAAAAAAUGGCAUGUGUUACCAGUGCGAGGUUUGUGACAGUACCUUCGCUCAGAACAGCGCCCUCAUCCAGCACAUGCGAAUAAACCACCCUGAUAAACUACCAUUCAAAUACCGGGGUGCCGUCGGUUGUGAGCACUGCAACAAAACUUUUAGGAAUCGAGCAGGGCUAGUGCAACAUAAGCAGACAGAGCAUGAAGAUCUUAUGCGUAGGUGUUCGAAGUGUAAGAGGGUCUUCACGUCUGCCUCUGCCCUCAGUAACCAUCUCCAUCAUUGCACCUCCUGAUAUGCUUUGGCUUCUCCUCUCUGAUUCAAUUUUUGUUUCAUACUCUCUUUUUCUCUCUUUUUUUAUUGUUUUACUCAUUUGAUCUUCGGUUGUUGACCAUUUUUCAUUUUGUUAAGAUGUGGGCAUGCUGACGAAAAAUACAAAAAAAAAGAUGCAUUUAUGUUC